UGUCUCCCUUAUCUACAACCCUAAUGGCUCAGCCUCCAUUCUCUCUCAUGCUUCACUUUCUUUAUAUGAAUCCGUAGAAACGCAUUAGUAAUCGUUUUCCAAUUUAUGCGAGCAGAAAUCCAAUCACACAGCUUCUGAGCAUCCUUUCCACAAGAUAAGCUAAAUCCAAAGCCAGAACCCACCAUGCAAACUCCACCAAAAUCGCCAAAUAUUAUGCCUGAGGAACUCCCUAUCACCACCGCAACCACCACCACCAAAUUACCAAAGAAACUUACCCUCGUCCCUCUCGUUUUCUUAAUCUAUUUUGAAGUUGCUGGAGGUCCUUAUGGUGAAGAACCUGCUGUCCAGGCUGCAGGACCUCUCUAUGCUCUUCUUGGUUUCUUGAUAUUUCCUUUCAUAUGGAGUAUUCCUGAGGCUUUGAUUACAGCUGAGCUUUCCACAGCCUAUCCUGGAAAUGGGGGAUUUGUUAUAUGGGCUGAUCGUGCUUUUGGCCCCUUUUUUGGAUCCUUGAUGGGGUCGUGGAAAUUCCUGAGUGGUGUCAUUAAUAUCGCUGCCUUUCCAGUCCUUUGCAUUGAUUAUAUGAAAAAGGUACUUCCUGUAUUGGAUUCAGGUUGGCCUCGAAAGAUUGCCAUUUUGAUUUCGACACUUAUUCUAUCUUUUGUCAACUAUACUGGAUUAACCAUAGUUGGCUAUGUUGCUGUUGUGCUUGGUAUAGUUUCUCUUUCUCCUUUCAUAAUCAUGUCUCUCAUUGCAAUCCCCAAGAUUCAUCCCCAUAGAUGGCUCAGUUUAGGCCAAAAAGGUGUGAAGAAAGAUUGGACUUUGUUCUUCAAUACUCUUUUCUGGAACUUGAAUUUUUGGGACAGUGUCAGCACUCUAGCUGGAGAAGUAGAUAAACCUCAGACAACAUUCCCUGUGGCUCUAUUUGUAGCUGUGAUCUUCACUUGCGUUUCUUACUUGAUUCCUCUCUUCGCGGUGAUUGGAGCUGUUUCUGUGAAUCAAAAUGAAUGGGAGUCAGGGUUCCAUGCCACUGCAGCAGAAAUUAUUGCAGGGAAAUGGCUAAAAUAUUGGAUUGAAGUUGGUGCUGUACUAUCUGCCGUAGGUUUGUUUGAGGCUCAAUUGAGCAGCUGUGUUUACCAGCUUCUUGGUAUGGCUGAUUUAGGAUUUCUGCCCACCUUUUUUGCGAAAAGGUCCAAAUGGUUUAACACUCCUUGGGUGGGGGUAUUGCUCUCAACUUUGAUCACAAUUGGGGUAUCAUACAUGAAUUUUACUGAUAUAAUUUCAUCAGCUAAUUUCUUGUAUAGUUUAGGAAUGUUGCUGGAAUUUGCCUCUUUUAUUUGGUUGAGAAAAAAGUUGCCAGAAUUGAAGAGACCUUACAAGAUUCCAAUGAGGCUACCAGGGUUGGUGAUAAUGUGCUUGAUACCAUCUGGGUUUUUGGUCCUGAUAAUGCUUAUUGCUACUAAGAUUGUUUAUUUGGUGAGUGGCUUGAUGACUGUGGGAGCCAUUGGAUGGUAUUUCCUCAUGAAGUUUUGCAAGUCAAAGAAGUUUUUCAAGUACAGCAGUGGUGAAGCUGUUGAAGAAUGACAAAGGCCAAAAUACAUGGUUGAAUUGGUCUCACAAGUGAACAAAUAGGGAAACAGUGUUAGUCUCUGUACUCAAGCUUUUCAUCAGCAACGUUGAAGUUGAAAUGAAAAGCACCCGGCACUGAGUUUUCUUAGGAUUAAGAUGCACAAUUUAUUGGGUUUUCUUGUAUCUAAAGGUUUAAGAUCCACAAUUUACUUAGUUCCCAAAAUGCACAAUGUAGUUUGAGUAUUUUUUAUGUCCUCUUGUCCCUCUCCUCUUCUCCUGCUUUACCUUGAAUAUUAGUCCUUCAUCCUAAGAAUUUAUGUAACAA